AGGCCUGGCAAGAGUUACUUGGGCCGCGAGGGUAAACUCGCGCAUGUGCACGGGCUCUCAGCCAGAGACGAGCAAUGGCGUCUUCAUUUAUACCAAGCGCUUUGCGGGUUACGGGACGCUCGUAUUCCCGGCUCUCGUACCACGCUAUUCUAUAAAUGGGGAAGCGGGGCCCAGAAGUCAGAAGCAAUUACUGUAGAAUAGCAAAAGAUCGAAGCAAGCAAUUAAUCAAACUUCAGCGCAGAGAGCCCGGCACAAAGCCGCUGCGAGCCGCUGCGUGCGCGCAGCUCCGCCCCUCUUUUGGCGAAGCAGCGAGGCCUGACCCUUCCCGCGACCUGUUGCGCGCGGCGGAGCAAGCGCAGAAGGCUCGGCGGGUCGUGCGUGGCUAUGGAGCCGGAUGGGACCUACGAGCCUGGCUUCGUGGGUAUUCGAUUCUGCCAGGAAUGUAACAACAUGCUCUACCCCAAGGAGGACAAGGAGAACCGCAUUCUGCUCUACGCGUGCCGGAAUUGUGAUUACCAGCAAGAAGCCGACAACAGCUGCAUCUACGUCAACAAAAUCACGCACGAAGUGGACGAACUGACCCAGAUCAUCGCUGACGUGUCCCAGGACCCCACGUUGCCGCGGACCGAAGACCACCCGUGCCAAAAGUGCGGCCACAAGGAGGCAGUGUUCUUCCAGUCGCACAGCGCCAGGGCCGAGGACGCCAUGCGCUUGUACUACGUGUGCACGGCCCCACACUGCGGCCACCGCUGGACCGAGUGAACCCCCCUCCCCUGUGCAAUAAACGCUGUGUUGGGUGUG